UUCGUUGAACUCAACAGACAGCAAGAUGCCAGGCGGAGGUACGACCGUGAAGGACGUUGACCAGCAAGAGUUUGUGGUGGCGCUCGGCGCCUUCUUCAAGAAGUCUGGAAAGAUGAAGGUCCCUGAGUGGGUUGAUAUCGUCAAGACCGGAACCCACAAGGAACUGGCUCCUGUUGAUCCAGACUGGUUCUACACAAGGGCUGCUUCUACUGCCCGUCACCUUUACUACCGUGGUGGAGUAGGAGUCAAUGCUAUUGCCAGGAUCUACGGAGGACGCAUGCGCCGUGGAACUCGCCCAAGCCAUUUCAACAGGGGAUCCACCUCCGUUGCCCGCAAGGUUCUCCAGGCUCUCGAAGGCCUCAACAUCAUUGAGAAAGAAGGCAACUGCGGACGUCGCCUUACUAGCCAAGGACAACGUGACCUUGACAGGAUAGCAGCCCAGGUCAAAUCAAAACAAGGAAGGAAGUAAAGUCACAUGACCGACCAACCUUGUCACAUGACCACCAUGUCAUGUGAUUAACAAGAUCAAAUGAACUCUGACCACAACCCACAUACUCAUGAGUCUCCUUUGACAAUGCUUGAACUGUCAAAUAUCAACUAGUCACCAUUAUAUCAAUGACAUGUUUAUUUGAUAUGAGAUGUUGUCAUGGAUACUCGUGAUGCCCGAUAAACUGACGAUCAUUUUGGAUUGGAUAAGGACCCUAUCACCUACCCACAAACACCGCACAGUCUGUUGAAGAAUUCAGGAACAGAAGGAUUUGUUGAGAAUUUUCAAUAAAUGCAGUCAUUCGUCAAAUGUA